AAGAAACUAUGUAGGAUAAAAAGAAUACUAUAUUCUGACACAACCCCGUAGCCUGCAUAGUGAGAGAAUACUUGGGUCGAGAAGAGACGACUCUUGAAUCAGGUAGGGAACGAGGAGGAGCGAGGAGCAAGGCCUAAGAGGCUGAGGAGGGAGUGACGAAUGCGAGGGAGAGCCUUGGUGAAGAUGUCAGCAAGAUUGGCAGAGGAGUCAAUCUUGUGGACGGUUAGAUGGUCGGCUUGGACGAGUUCGCGAACGAAGUAGUGGCGGAGCUCGAUGUGCUUGGAGCGGCCAUGGGAAACUGCUUCUUUGGUGAAGUGUAUCGUGCUAGCAUUGUCGCACCAGAUGGUGGGGCAGAGCUGAGGGGCACCAAAUUCCGUGAGAAGGUAGCCGAGCCAGCGAGCUUCCUGUGCAGCCGUGGUAACGGCAUAGAGUUCAGCUUCAUAGGAGGAGAGGGCAAUGGAGGAGGAGCGGGUAGAGCGCCAGCUAAUGAGGCCACUCCCCAGGGUGAAGCCAUACCCCUGGGAGCUGUGACGAUCAGGCUGGGAGUCAGCCCAUGAGGAGUCGCUGAAGCUGGUAACCAGGUUUAUCUUAUCCCAAGGGAAUAGACCCUUGUAGAAUAUAGAAUCACCCUGCGUAUAGCCACGCGAGGCUAUUGACUUUAAGAGAUUACGGCAGGAUUACGCUAGAUAGAGCGCAAUAGUACAUCCCGAGCCUGGUCGGUUAUAUAAUGAUAAUAACAGGAUAAACCAAAGGUUAAUGAAAAAUGGAGAAGAGGAAACCAAAUAAAAUGGGAUAAAAAGAGAAAUGAAAGAGGAAGGAAAAGCCAAGUGGUGUAACGGGGUCGUACUCUCACAGAUCCCCCCCUCAAAGCUGGAUGGUAGAAGUGACACCCUGCUUGACAAGGUAGUCAUGCAGAGGACGACGUGCGUUUCCCAUGACCACUUGCCAUGGCUGUUCUGGGACAAGAGGCUGUAGCAGUCCCGCUUUCUUCUGUUUGCUGCUCUUCAUCCUCUGACAUGUAUCACACGAGGAUAAACCAAAGGUUAAUGAAAAAUGGAGAAGAGGAAACCAAAUGAAAUGGGAUAAAAAGAGAAAUGAAAUAGGAAGGAAAAGCCAAGUGGUGUAACGGGGUCGUACUCUCACACUUCCCCAGCCAACGAAUCGGGCAAGGAUACUGAUGGGGUAGGCCAGGUCGGGGCGAGUGCAGAUCAUGACGUACAUCAGGGACCCCACGAGCUCAGCGUAGGGGUCGUCGGAGGAGGCUGGGGUGGUGGGGGGUGUGAGCUGGUGGUUGACAUCAAGAGGAGUGGAGACAGGCUUGGCCGGUGACAUCUCGAAGUGCUCGAGCACUUUCUUGAUGUAGUAGGACUGGGAGAGCGAGAUCGUGCGUGCUUCCUUGUCGCGAGUGAUCUCAAUGCCAAGGUAGUUCGUCUUUGACUUGUUGUAGGUCUGCGUCGUUGGAGGCGGCCAAGAGCAUAUCGUCAACAUAGACGAGGAUGUAGAAGGGUGAGGGGGAGGUGCGAAGGAAGAGGCAGGAGGCAGCUUGGGAGGGACAAAAGCCCAGGUCGCGAAGGGUGGAAGAAAGCUUGGCAUACCACUCUCGGGGUGCCUGCUUCAGGCCGUAGACGGGCCGCUUGAGUUCCCACACAGUGGAGGGAUCGAAGGGGAGAUGGAAGCCGCUGGGGCGCUCGAGGAAGAUCUGCUCGUGGAGUUCGCAUUGAAGGAAAGCGGUGGUGACAUCCAUAGAGUGUAGGAUCAUGCCGAGUCGCCCGACAAAGUCUAGGAAUACUCGGACGACCGGGGGAGUGGCAGUGGGUGAGUAGGUGUCGAAGACAGUGGCCUCCCCAGGUAAUAGCUUGACUCGAAACACCCACUUGCCACGAACCACAUUGGCACAGGACGGGCGGCGGACAUCGAUGAAGGAGCGAUUGCGUAUGAAGGCUUGUAGUUCAUUGAUGAUGGCCUCGAGCCAACGGGCUGCAUCCGGGCACGCCAUCGCCUCCUCGUAGGUGCCAUGUUCGAAGAUGGUUGGGGCGCCGGAGACGACAAACACAGGGGUGCAUGCGAUGCUGAAGGCGAUUGGCACGAGGAGCGGGUUGAGGUGAUGGAGCGUGAGGAUCUCUUCGUGAGCAUCCUCUUGAACAAGG